AUGAGCCGGAGGACCACAGAAGCGAGCAAUCGCUGGUCACGGCUAGUUUUUGAUGGAGAUGCUGAGAAGUACGAAUUAUGGGAGACAAAGUUUUUAGGACACCUUCGACUGCAAGGCUUAAAGGAGGUUAUUUUAAAGCCCGAAGAAGAAUGGGAAGAGGAAGACGGAGAUGACACAAAAAAUGCGGACGCAUACGCAGAGCUUAUCCAGUUCCUCGAUGAUACCAGUCUAUCGCUAGUAAUGCGUGAAGCUGCCGACAACGGAAGAAAGGCUUUAAGGAUUCUAAGAGACUUUUAUGCCAGAAAGGGUAAUCCCCGUGUUAUCAGCCUAUAUACAGAACUGACUUCGCUACAGAAAGCUAACAGCGAGAGUGUGACAGACUAUGUUUUGAGAGCGGAAGCCGCCAUUACAGCAUUAAGAAACGCUGAAGAAACUUUGAGUGAUGGCCUGCUCAUUGCUAUGAUUAUGAAAGGACUACCGGAGUCAUUCAAACCAUUUAUCAUCCAUGUCACACAAAACGAAACUUCAAUGACAUUCACUGACUUUAAAUGUAAAUUAAGGAGUUAUGAGGACACUGAAAAAAUGCGCGCGGUGGCGACGGAGGACAACGUCAUGAAAGCGCGAGCACAGUCAGGCACGAAGUAUGCACAGAUAGAUGUGGGUGAACAAAGAGCAGAUGGCGCCGACUUAGUGUGCUUCAGAUGCGGACAAAAGGGGCACAAAGCUAAAGCAUGCCACCGCAAGAAAUGGUGCAACUUCUGCAAAAGCACCACACACCGAGAGGAAAUGUGCAGGAGAAAACAGCGACUGGAUGAGGCGCGGAAAGCUACUGAUGAAGAGGAUGACAAGGAAUAUGCUUUUCGGCUGAGCGAAGAAAACCAGGAGGUAUGGACGAGUGGUAAAGGUUUGAUGGUGGACACGGGAGCGACCUCGCACAUCAUCACAGACCUUGGAAGAUUUAAAAGAUUUGACAGCAACUUUAAACCCGAGACACACUGCAUUGAACUGGCUGACGGCACCCGAUGCAAAGGAGUAGCGAAAAGAAGAGGAGAGGCAGAGGUGACUUUGAUGGACAGCAGAGGGCGACAUUGCAAGACGAUCCUAAAACAGGCGCUGUACAUCCCCUCUUAUCCACAGGACAUAUUUUCUGUGAAAGCAGCUACUAACAAUGGUGCAACAGUAACUUUCAAACAGGGAGAAGAUGUUCUGAAACAUCAAGAUGGAACAAAGUUUCCCAUCAAAGAGUACAAUAGACUGUACUAUCUACAAACUAGACAUUGGCUGGUGGACAGUCCUCUAAACCAGGUCCCAGUGACGCCUCAGGUGGAGCAGCUGGUGGAUGUAAAAUGGCAGACGGAAAGCAUUUUGUGGACAAACACAGACUCGACCUGAUCCGGAGAGUGAGCAACAUCUCCCCCAUUCUGGAUGAGCUCUAUGACAAUGGAGUGGUCGACCAAGAAGUUUACGACCGGAUCAGAGCUCUGCCGACCUUUCAGGACAAGAUGAGGGAGAUCUACAGGUGUUCCAUGAAUGCUGAGAAAGCCAAAGACAUCUUCUAUAAAAGCCUUUCAGCAAAUGAGAAGUUUCUCAUCGAAGAGCUUCUUACAAAGAAGUAAAUCUGUAAAAAAAAAAAAA